GUCAACUGAUAUAUUACAGGUUAUUCAUCUUUCUAUUGAUAUUGUAGGACCUCCGAAUGUGAUGUAUCAUUGGCAACGUGUACUGGUGGCAGUGCGCCUCUUGAAAGGCAAUGAGCUGUCGAUUAUUUCCGACCCUGGAAAUGCGGACUCUUGGAAAGGUUCUGAUUUGUUUAGUACUUUUGAAGGAGGCUCACGAUGGUGAGAAUUGUUGGAUAUAUUUAGAUGACCCAUAGGCCUCACACGGCACCCUUUAGUUCUGGCCGACAUCCUUGCUGUACUUCACAUUUCUUGCUCGCAUCUUGUUACUCGGACUAUCUGCAAUGUCAGGUUACGACCGCGAUGUACCCACUUUCUAUUACUCCGAGUCCGAAGAUGAGGGCACCUCCACUGCAACAACAGCCCAUGAAGAACAUCCAAAAGGGUCAAUCCUUCCACAUAUUUCCCAGAGACUCGACUACGCCCGUCUCCAGGGCUACUUCCGGAACGCAAAGCAUCUAUUCUCGAGGCUUGAGGCGAAGUCGAGUCUCGAAAACAUCCCAUUGCCACUCUUUAAACGAGAGAUCGAGCCAGGGCAAGAAUGGAUAAAAGGGGCCAUGCUCUGUGCCUGGGGCACAGCCUUAAUUCUGACUCUCAAUGCGAUCCUCACAAUCAUUGCGGUAGGUGUGGGGUAUUCGAGGUCAUCUGGUGAUAAAUAUUUCACAUAUACAGAGCUUUAUGAAGGCAGUUGCUCAGUGACAAAUAGCUGGACUACUGCUAUGCAUUUUAUAAUUAACAUGCUGAGUACUGCCUUACUUGCUGCCAGCAACUAUGUCAUGCAGUGUUUAGUUGCACCGUCCCGAGCCGAUGUUGAUAGAGCCCAUUCACGACGCCAGUGGUUAGAUAUCGGCGUAUUAAGUACCAGAAACCUUGCUAUUAUGGACAAUAAAAGAAAGAUCCUCUGGGCUUUACUGUUUAUCAGCUCGUUUCCGAUCCACAUGCUGUAUAACGCAGCUAUAUUUUCGUCCAUCAGUACUAUUGAGUACGGAAUUGUCGUAGUACCACAAGAUCUUGCGAAAAGUGAAUCUCUUGUUAAGGAUGAGCCUGAGGCCCGUUCAUUCUCUCAAUAUGUCGGGUUUACUGCCAGCGAUAUACAAGCUGAAAUGUUCAACGGCACUUUCACAGAGAAGGACCUGUUAGGAUGCAUUGAAAGGUACGAUGUGGAGUACAAUACAAAGGCAGGUACACUCCUCCUACUGGCAGCGAGAGACAGUCUGCGCGGGUUUUCAAGUCUUCUUCCUCUGGAUGGGGCCUAUAGUGCUUAUGCCUAUACCUCGACAGGGACGAGCUUGGCAGAUGCAAUCGGAUUCAAUUCAGCCCAAAACAUGAGCUAUCUCCAUGCUGGAAACUGGAAUUAUCCAGGGUGGUCUUUCAAAUACAAGGAGGCGAACACCUGGACCGACAUAAGGGAGUUUACUGAUUACUCCUCUUGGUCUGACUCCGUGGAUUAUACCCAGCACGCGAGUCAACAUUGCCAGUUCUACUUCAGCCCAGCAAUAUGCAUCGCAGUCAUAGCGUGCAACAUGGUCAAAGUAUUUUGCAUGUAUCUGGCCGCGAGGACAGAUCAUAAAGAGAUCUUUUUGACUGUUGGCGACGCACUCUCGUCUUUUCUAGACAGACCGGACCCGAACACGAAGGGUGGCGACAUUAUAUCCGGGUUUCAGUCCCGCAAUAGACGCGCCUCGGCUUUGGAUACCAUCAAUAUUAAUCCGUCCCAUGACACCGAUUCUCAUUUGCCGCUACCUCAACUGCUCCCUAGGCGGAAGAGGUGGUUCGGCGCUGCUACCUGGAAACGCUGGGCCUCCACUUACACCGCAUUGUGUGCAUGUAUGGCUGUAUCUAUAUACCUGUACUACCGAUCUGCUGGAACGCGACUUGCCAGAAGUGUCGGAUCGAACCUGGGAAUGGGAAACCCAAACAGCUCUGCCCUCUUCUUCGACGGCGCGGACAGCAUUCUAUUAUCGCUGUUGGCCAACACACCACAGCUCGUAUUUUCAGCAUUAUAUCUUCUUUGUAACGGUCUAUUCACAUCGAUUCUUGCUGUCGCUGAAUACAAUGAUUUUGCGAAUCAGCGAAAGACUCUUCGAGUUACUUGGCCAAAGGGGGGGCAACGAUCAACAUAUUAUCUCAGUCUCCCAUAUCGAUAUAGUAUUCCUUUGAUCGGAGUGUCAGUCUUUAUGCAUUGGAUACUCUCGCAGUGUAUUUUUCUGGUCAAGAUCAACAGCUUUGACGUGCACGGCAACAGGCUUCUCAACACCGAGGACCAGACUACAGCGUGCGGCUGGUCGCCUCUUCCAAUGUUUAUAACCAUCGUCAUCGGAGGAUCGUGCAUGAUAGCCCUCCUGGGGUUCGGCUUCCGCCGCCUUCGGUCAAAUAUGCCUCUUGUUUCGUACCGCAGCGCUGCACUCAGUGCCGCAUGCCAUCCACCACCGGGAGAUGAGGGCGCGUCUUUGAAGCCCGUGAUGUGGGGAGAAGUGCGAGGCGAAUCAUUGAAUGGGACGAAUACUGAGGAUCAUGGAAACCAAUAUGCGCAUUGCACAUUUACGUCAAAAGAGGUGGCGACUCCUCGAAUAUUUCAGUCCUAAUGUUGAGAUGAAUGCAUGUAUCACAGGUGGAAAUGGUUGGAUUUUCAACCCGUCUUCAUGAGCGUGUUACGCCUCUUAUCUUGUACUUACAAAUUUAACUCAAGUUCGGGCUAGUUUAUAUUAUAAAAACUACGAAUGAC